AUGGAGAUGUUUCCACCUCUCUAUGCAUUAGUACGAAGACCGUUUACAACAAUGUCUAUCUGGUCAUGUGGUCUCCUAUUAGUCAUACUACUAAGUGGAGGAGGGGCUUCAUCAGCAUCCAAUUACUUGAUUGGCCUUGGAAGCUAUGACAUAACAGGGCCUGCUGCAGAUGUCAAUAUGAUGGGAUAUGCAAAUAUAGAACAAAUUGCAUCUGGAGUUCACUUCAGGUUGCGAGCUCGUGCCUUUAUUGUGGCAGAGUCCCAGUCUCAAGGAAACCGGGUAGUAUUUGUAAACCUUGAUGCCUGCAUGGCCUCACAAAUUGUUACGAUAAAAGUUUUUGAAAGAUUGAAGGCAAGGUAUGGUAACCUGUACAAUGAACAAAAUGUCGCUAUCAGUGGUAUUCACACUCAUGCUGGGCCAGGAGGCUAUCUCCAAUAUCUUGUGUAUAUUGUUACUUCCCUUGGAUUUGUACGCCAAUCAUUUGAUGUCAUUGUUGACGGCAUUGAGAAAAGCAUUAUACAAGCUCAUGAGAAUCUUCGUCCCGGCUCAAUUUCUGUGAAUGGCGGAGAGCUCUUAGAUGCAGGUGUAAACCGUAGCCCUAGUGCUUAUCUCAACAAUCCUGCUGCAGAACGGAGUAAAUAUAAGUAUGAUGUGGAUAAAGAAAUGACCCUCAUAAAGUUUGUAGACGAUGAUUGGGGCCCAGUGGGUAGCUUUAACUGGUUUGCAACUCAUGGAACAUCUAUGAGUCGUACAAACUCAUUGAUUAGUGGUGACAACAAAGGUGCUGCUGCACGAUUUAUGGAGGAUUGGUUUGCAAAAAAAUUCUUUAAUGAGGGUUUUGAACGCAUUUAUUCAAACUUAUCUGGAACCGUUAGCAUACCUCGAAGGGUCUCAAGCAUAGUCUCUAACCUUCAUGAACAACGUAAAGAGUUGAUGGAACUUGCCUCCACCUUUCAAUCUUCCCCAGGAAGACCUGCGACAAGAAUGUCCAGUGUUGCAAGACGAGUUCGGAGUGCCCUUAGGCAGGUUGACAGGCCCCAAUUUGUAUCUGCAUUUUGUCAAUCAAACUGUGGCGAUGUAAGCCCAAAUGUUCGUGGUGCAUUUUGCAUAGACACUGGACUGCCUUGUGAUUUCAAUCAUAGUACCUGCAAUGGUAAAAAUGAACUGUGCUAUGGCCGGGGCCCAGGUUACCCUGAUGAGUUUGAAAGUACACGUAUUAUCGGAGAAAGGCAAUUCAGAAAAGCUGUGGAACUUUUCAACGAAGCAUCUGAGCAGCUGAAAGGGAAGAUUGGGUAUAAACACAUGUAUGUAGACUUCUCCAAUCUUGAGGUCACAAUUUCUAAGGCGGGAGGGCGUACUGAGACAGUGAAAACAUGCCCAGCUGCAAUGGGUUUUGCUUUUGCUGCAGGAACCACUGAUGGACCUGGAGCGUUUGAUUUCAAGCAAGGAGAUGACAAGGGCAAUGCCUUCUGGAAGCUCGUGCGGAACUUACUGAAAGCACCAGGGAAGGAGCAGUGCAAUUGUCAACAACCAAAGCCAAUUUUACUNGAUGACUAA